AGAGAAGCUGGUGCACUUGUGGCGCGGGAGCAUGUGGAGCUUUCGGUGUUGGAAAAACUAAAAGAUUUUCAUAUUUUGCGGGAAAGAUAUGCGCAAAUAAACAACAGGGCUCAGUUUUACAGUGAAGAGGUAAAAGCCGAGGAAGAAGCAGCUAAAGGAGCGAGAAAAGCGCGGAAACUAACAUGAAGAAGAAACGCGCAGUUCAGAGUGAGGCGGCAGUGAGUAAUGCUGGACAGGAUUAUGUUGUUGGCCUGGUGUCAAGCAGCCUGGGUGCAAAGAAAACCCUAUCCACUGGAGCUCUGUCCUCCCUGUUCUCAACCGCAUCCUCCAACACUCUUGUCUUUGUUCCAGCAGCAAAGGUUGAGCAGAAAGCCAGCUGUGUAAAACCUGAAGCAGGCCAGGCAGCAAGCGUUAAAGAAGCUCCAAAACAGAAGAAGACUACCAAAGAAAAAUCAGCAGCUGAAAAGAAACUACAGAGCAGGGAAGCAGCCUUAGAAAAUGCAGAUGACGACGACGUAGAGAAAAGUCCAAAGAAAGUUAAACGCAAAGCUCCAGAAUUAGAUAACGACAGACAAAUGCUGGAAGAUGAGCAACCAGCUAAACGACGAAAGAUUCAGCAGAACCCAGCGGAGGAGAGAAUCAAAUUAAAAAGGACUGUAUUUGUUGGCAACUUGCCUGUCAACUGCAAAAAGAAGUACUUGAAAAGGAUCUUUAAGGAUCUGGGAGGCAUUGAAUCAGUUCGAUUCCGCUCAGUGGUUCGGGAGGAUCCAUCGAUGUCACGGCGGCUAGCCACCAUUCGACGCCAGGUUGACCCCAAAAGGCCAAGCAUCAAUGCGUAUGUGGUCUUCAAAGAGGAAGAAGGGGCGGUGAAUGCCCUGCAAAGGAAUGGGAUGGAGAUUGAGAAGGAUGUUUACAUCAGAGUGGAUCGAGUUUCUAAGCAUCUGUCGCAUGACCACAAGAGAUCUGUAUUCGUGGGAAAUCUUCCAUAUGACAUAAAGGAACUCCCUUUGCGGCAGCACUUUGAGGAGUGUGGAAAAGUGGAGGCUGUGCGAUUGGUGAGGGACCGGAAUUCCGGAGUGGGAAAGGGCUUUGGUUAUGUCCUUUUCGAGAACUCAGAUUCUGUAAUGCUAGCCCUGAAGUUGAACGGUUCCCAGCUGCAGGAUCGGAAGAUCAGGGUGAAGAGGUCGGUGAAGAAGGAGAAAGAGAAGAAAGACAGCAGUGCUUCAGGGAGAAAUGCUAAAGGACAGAGUGGGAAAGGUGCAGGGAGAAGGAAAGGACCUCAGCCUGGAAGCUUUAAAGGCGCUAAGAGUGCUGAAAGCAACAAGUCAGCAGGACAGUCCUUUAAGAAAGGUUUUGGUCGGGGCAACAAAACAUCAACGUCCUUCACAGGGGAGAUGGUGGACCCCAGCACAAAGACCGGCAAAGGACUGAAAAAGAGAUUUAAACCCAAGAAAAAGAAUAAGCCUGCACACAUUUAAGUUUUAAGUUUUUUCAGUGUGGUGGUGUC